CGUCACCGCGCGCGCCGACCGGAAGCACCUGGCCGGAAGGCGCACGUGGGUGGCGGGGCGCAUGGCGGCCUCGGCGGGGCUGGCGGUGUGCGGGCGCUCGCUGGUGGUGCGGGGCGGCAGCCGCUUCCUGGCCGCCUCCACCGCGAGCAGUGACGGCGAUGGUGACAGUGAUGGCCUCUUUGUGUAUGACUGUUGCUCUGCGGAGAAGCUGCCGGCCGGGAAAGGGGAGGAUGGUCAGCCCGUGGACAGUGACGCCAUCCUGGCGGCCACCUUCUCAUCGUCGGGCGGCUACUUUGCGCUGACAGGUGACAGUAAGCGUCUGGUUCUUUUCCGUACAAACCCGUGGCAGUGCCUGAGUGUCAGGCCUGUGGUGCGGCGCUGCACGGCCCUGACCUUCACGGCCUCCGAGGACAAGGUCUUGGUGGCCGACAAGUCGGGGGACGUGUACUCCUUCUCGGUGCUGGAGCCGCGGGCCGGCGGGCGGCUGGAGCUGGGCCACCUGUCUAUGCUGCUGGACGUGGCCGUGAGUCCUGAUGACCGCUUCAUCCUCACCGCCGACCGCGACGAGAAGAUCCGGGUCAGCUGGGCCGCAGCCCCGCACAGCAUCGAGGCCUUUUGCCUCGGUCACACGGAGUUUGUGAGCUGCUUGCUGGUGCUGCCUGACUGCCCGGAGCUGCUGCUGUCGGCCUCGGGGGACGGCACGCUGCGGCUCUGGGACUUCCCGCGUGGCCGCGAGCUGCACUGCUGCCGCCUGAGCAGCCUGCAGGAGCCGCCGGAGCCCCGGGCCCACGAGAGAGUCAUCCCGGCCAGGAUCGUCUACUGGCGCCGGGAGCGCUGCGUGGCACUGCCGUGUGACUGCGUCCCCGCCGUCUACAUCUUCCGGCUGGACGUCCCCGGGCGGCGCCUGGACUUCCUGCAGCAGCUGAGCUUCAGGCACCGGGUGUGGGACGUGGCCUUCGAGGACGCGCAGGGUCUGUGGGUGCUGCAGGACUCCCGGGACUGCCCGCUGCUGCUCUGCCGGCCCCAGGGCGGCCGCUGGCAGCCUGUUCCUGCCACUGCCGCAGUAGAGAGGGUCUCGGGGCACCUUCGCGGGCACUGGGCCAUGCUGGAAGGUCCCACCGCCCUGGCCGAGGGCCUCGCCGGCCUCUACAAGGCCACCUUCGACAACGUGGCCGGCUACCUGCGCAGGAAGCGGCAGCGGCUGCAGCAGCGCGACAGGAAGCGGCCCGGUGCCCCCGCCCCCGGCCCCAACGGCCACCCCAAGAAGGCCAAGGCCGCCGGGCCACCCCUCGACCCGUCCUAGCGGCCCCGGGAAAGAGGCCGCUGCCCCGUCCUGCCCGCUGUCCCUGGCGGCUCCCGGAAGAGGCCCUUCGCCGUGUCGGCCUUCGUGGGCAGGGCAGUGCCGGGCGAGGCGGCC